AUGAAAGGAAAAGAAGAAAGAGAGGACGAGAACGAGAUCGAGGACGUGAAAGUGGACGAGGACGAGGAUGACGAGGAAGGGGAUGACGAAGACGACGAACAUAACCAGGAGGAGGAGGAGGAGGAGGAGGAGGAGGAGGAGGAGGGAGGGGACAACGACGAGGAGGAGGAGGAGGUCGUGGUCGUGGAGGUCGUGGAGGUCGUGGAGGUCGUGGAGGUCGUGGAGGUCGAGAACGAGGAGGACGAGGACGAGGACGAGGACGAGGACGAGGACGAGGAGGAGGAGGUCAGGGUGUAUGGAUGGUUCAGCUAUCUUGCUCGGUCUCACUUGAUCUUGUAG